AUGCUUCCGAAGCCGGCGCUCCUGCUUCCAGUGAUGGCACUGAUCGUGGGCCACGUCCGUGGUUUCCCCAAGCCCGAGGGCGCCCGAGGCGAUAAAUCAAUACACAACAGAGAAUUAAGUGUAGAGAGACCACUAGAAGAACAGAUUGCAGAGGCAGAAGCAGACAGAAUGAAAAAAGCAGCCUCCGCAGAAAACAAGCCAGAAUUCAGAAAUUAUUCCUUGGCUGAUGACCUGAACCUGUUGAAGUCAGCAGUGGAGAAGGAGAGAAAGGAAAAGGAAGGGGACUCGAUCAGAAGUUCCCUGUUUGAUCAACAGCUGGCCCUUGAUGACACUGAUUCCACCAAGAGUCGCAGGCUGGUGGACGAUUACGACUCCACUAAAAGUGGUCUGGACUAUAAAUUUCAAGAUGACCCAGAUGGACUCCAUCAGCUUGAUGGCACACCAUUAACAGCUGAGGACAUCGUCCAGAAGAUUGCCAUGCGGAUAUAUGAAGAGAAUGACAGAGGCGUCUUUGACAAGAUCGUUUCCAAGCUUCUUAAUCUGGGCCUUAUUACAGAAAGCCAAGCCUACACCCUGGAGGACGAGGUGGCGGAAGUGCUGCAGCAGCUGAUCGCCAACGAAGUGAAAGAUCGCGAAAAAGCGUCGGAAGACCUGGCCUACAUCCCGAGCCAAACAGACAGCGAUGCCAAAGGGAAACUGGAGGCAGAAAUGGUGCCCAAAAAUACAGAUCAAGACGAUACCUUGGAAAACACCUGGACUUCCUCCAGUGCCUUGGAAAGAAGGAAUGAGCUGCCUCCUGAGGAUAAUUUCGAAGAUUUACAAUAUUUCCCUAACUUUUAUGAACUGCUGAAAAGCCUUAACUCAGAGAAAGAAGCUAAGGAAAAAGAAACCCUGAUAACAAUCAUGAAGACUUUAAUAGACUUCGUGAAGAUGAUGGUCAAAUAUGGAACUAUCACGCCUGAAGAAGGUGUUUCCUACUUAGAAAACCUGGAUGCAAUGAUAGCACUGCAGACGAGAAAGAAACUUGAAACGCCCAGUGCCAGAAACAAACUGCCAUCAGACAAGAGCAAUGAAGAGGCCGAUAGUACCAAAUCCUCGGCAGCUAAAAUGGAAAAAGAGUAUGAAAUGCUGAAGGACUCCACCAAAGCUGAAGAGCAAAAUACAGGGAAUGAGGAAGAGCCAAAAGGGAAGGCUGAGGCAUACUUAGAAGCCAUCAGGAAGAACAUUGAAUGGCUGAAGAAACACAACAAGCAGGGAAACAAAGAAGAUUAUGACCUUUCCAAACUACGAGACUUCAUUGAUCAACAAGCUGAUGCUUAUGUGGACAAAGGCAUUCUGGAAAAAGAAGAGGCAGAUGUGAUCAAACGUAUCUAUGGCAGCCUGUGAAAAACAGAAAAAGGAUGUCCCUUUAAGCUUAGAGAAUCCUAGUCUAGCUUCUCCCACCUCUAGCUCUAUGACCUACAACCUCCUUUCUCCCAACUAGGAGGGUUCUGAGGAAGUAUUCUGUCUGCAUUUUACUUAAUCUUUUCCAGGUUAAAAAAGUCAAUAAUCCACAAUGACUGCAUAUUCCUUCUUCCAACUUUAAUCAUCCCACUUAAGGCUGAAUUUUGCUGCCUACAUUACCACUAACAGGUUAAAAUGCCAACACAUUCCAUAGGGCUUAACGCCAGGAUAAGGGAACAUUGCAAUGCAGCCUAGAUCGCUUUUACUUCAGGGUAUUAGAGAGCAAUCCUACAGGAAAGAUAUCUGAAAGAUAUAGGGAAGGAGCAAUCACAUCUGAGAGCUCUCCAUCUGUCCUAUGUCCCAUCUGCUGGGUCCAGGCAGGCCGGAAGGUGCAGAGACUUGCGCAGUCUCUCUGCCAUUUGUUUUAUUUUGACCCAGAUUUAACUGUCAUAUUUGCAGGGAGGACCUGAUUUAAACACAAUUUGUAAUAUAAAUUCAUUCUUCUGUUCCUGAUGACGACCUUUCUAAACUGCAAGACUUCAUUGAUCUACAAGCUAAUCCUACAAAGGCCUUUUUGUUACACUGAAAUAAAAGUUACCUAGGU